UGUGGUGUACUGCGGACAAGACGAUUUGUAUUUACUAUUUUGUAAUGUAGUUCGCAAAGUAUAUUUAUUUUAAACGGUUCAUAUACUAUUAUUUUGCCGACGAUUGUCCAUAAGUCACAAUACCACUAUACUGUGGUUAUUUAUUAUAAAUUAAUAAGAAUAACUACUAAAUAGCGAAACGUGAUGAAAGUCGUUACGUAGGUGGUACUCUCAGUGACAAAUUCGAUAUCGUCUUGUUUUUUCCGUGAUAAACCCAUCAACGUGGCUUGUUAUAGUGGGACUAUAAACUUGAGUUUGUGAAAAUUCUCUAAAUUACAGAAUUGGUGAUGGACGAUGUUGGUUUUCGACUAAACCCCAAAGGUGAUCUGACAAAAAUGUUGGAUAAUGCUGAAAUGACCAUCGAAACCAUACGAAAAGAGGCAUUGAAAAUGGCCGAAGAUCUCGAAAACGUUAAUAACAGUGUAGAGUGUGUGAGGAAUUCCAAACUGCUGGACGACCUGAGUGACGUUGACAAAGAAGACAUUUAUCAAUUUGCUAAUCGUAUCAUAGAUAGAUGUGAAACAGUUAACAUCAGCGUGCUCACCACCAGAAGUGAUAGCCAACAAAACUGUUUGGAAGAAAUCAACAAAAUGAUUGACAGAAUAGUGAAUACAUUGAGGGAGGAUCCUGAUAAUGCCAAAUCCAUGUGUCAGACGUACAUAGCUUCAUGUAGUUCAUCAGGAAAUGAACUUGGCUGUAAGGUAUUUGAAACAGCCGUCUUAGGAUGUACGCUCGACGAUCAGAAAUGUAUUAUUAAACGAUUACAAGGGCUGUUGAAUUACAUUAUAGAAUCUAAAGGCAAAUAAUUUAACAAGUCUGUCGUCUACAAUAAUUCCAUUUGUUUUAACUAUUAUUAAUCGUUCAUUGCUAAUGUAAUCUUAAUGUUAAUUGAAUUCCUGACAAACAAAUAGUGAUAUAAAUUGUUUUUCAAUAUUGUUAUUUUGUUUCAUAUUUUAUUAAUUACACAUCAAACAUUUUUAUA